AUGGAGUACGCAGAAUGUAAUAAGAAAAUGGGUGGACCUUAUGCUGCCACUUGGAUGACUGCUUACCUCCAGACCUUGGACAUUGCAAUAAACAAGCCUUUCAAGGAUUACCUCAGACUUGAAAUCAAUGAUUAUAUUGAGAAUAGGAUGUCAAGGAACAAAAAUAACAACUUCGUGAAGCCUAAUCUGCAGGAGGUAGUCUCUUGGGUAAGGAAUGCAUGGGGCAAAGUCACUGAUAGCUGUGUUGCAAAGGCUCUGAAAGCAGGGUACUUGGACAAAACAUCGCCAUUUGAAGCGAGCUACAUCGCAAAACACGAUAGAUUGGGACCUAUGAUACUGAAGGAGCCGGAGUCAAAUGAAAUCUUGGCUGGAAUUCAAGGUCUUGAUCUGGAAGAAAAUGAUGAUAUCCCAGAAGAUGAAUAA